AGAAUCUGUUUGUAAGCACAGGAGUGAAGAUCUCAUUGAAUGCAUUGAAUUCAUUGAAAGCACUGUUUGUUGUGAUGCACAACAAGUUCAUGAGUUUUGGGCACAACUUUAAACACAUUAUUGAAAACUAAAUGCUUUUGAAAACUGUGUUUUCUGUAAUUAUUAAAGCCAUAGAUUUUUGUGAUAUCAACUUAAUUAUUAAAUUGAAAUCAAUUGAAAAGUCAUGUGUUAUCGACAUAUAAUUUUUGGAUUUCUUUAUAUAAACUUUUUACUGCAAUGUUGUCAAUCCAUUGGAAAAAGAGAUGACAAUUUCAAUAGAGAUGAUGAUUCGACACCAAUAAUCCAUGUGCCAUACUCUACAAAUAUAAACCAAUUUUUAAAAGAUAUGGCCACUACUGAUGAGAGCGUAUCUGUCAAUAGUAAUCCAUCAGCACUGGGAUCAGCACAUGACAUAACACCUGCUUCUACUUCACCAUCAAUUUCGCCUAAAGAUAAAGGUGUCUAUUUGAAGAUAGAGCAGCCUUUAUAUAAUAUGACAAAAGAGACAAACGAUAACAUUAGGAUGAAAUGCGAAUUUCGUGGAAAUCCGGUGCCAACUAUUAGAUGGCUUAAGAAUGAGGCUCCGGUAGAUGAGGAGAGACCUAGGAUUCAGAUAAAACAAAAAACAGUAAAUGGAAAAAUAAUAUCACGUUUGAUGAUCAAUCAGGUGGACACUCAUGACCAGGGAUACUAUAAAUGUGAGGCCAGUAAUAUGGCCGCUACACUCGAGACCGUUGGUGUGCUUAUUGUGCGACCGGGUCAUAUACAUCCAGCUGGUGCUCCCAUACCAUUACCCGAUUACGAACCGUUUUAUCCGAGUGUCGACUUUCCCGGAAUCGGCGGAAGUCUUCCGAGUGUCAGUGAUGACAAUCCACCCGAAAGUGGCGAAGGAUUCUGUCAGGUAUACCGUGGAGUUACCUGUUCUCAGUUCAUCCAAAACCGGACGAUAUAUGUGCGGUCAAUGACUAGUCAGGGCUUUAUGGAGGAUAAGUUGGCCAAAGCUUUCACUGUUAUCGCCACUUCACACGACGUUUCACUUCAAUGUCAUAGAUAUGCCAUUUCAUCCCUUUGUUUCUUUGCCUUUCCUCUCUGUGAAGACAAUAUGGCUGAACCUACACCCCGACAGGUUUGUCGGGACGAGUGUGAAGUACUUGAAAAUAACAUUUGUAGGAUUGAGUACACUAUCGCUAAAAAGCAUCCAUUGAUAGGCCAGAAGCAGAUACUGCCGGCUUGUGAAGAAUUACCACCAAUUGGUUCCAAAGAAAGUGAAAACUGUGUCCGAUUGGGAAUACCUAAUACUGUUCAGGUGUCACCCGAGCAUACAUGUUAUACAAAUAUUGGUGAGGGUUAUAGGGGAACGUCAUCGCGUACCGUAUCGGGUCAGGAAUGUUCAUAUUGGAGUCACCAGAUAUUUUUACGGACUGCCGACUAUCCAGAGCUAACGGGUGGUCAUAACUAUUGUCGUAAUCCGGGAAACAUGGAGUCGAAGCCGUGGUGUUUCAUCAAUGAUCCCGAAGUUAGAAAAGAGUAUUGCGAUAUUCCUCAGUGUUUCGAUCAAUACUUCAUUUGGUAUUACAUCGCACCGACAGUCGGAGCGUUGGCUUUAUUUUUACUUUUAUUAUGCAUUUGUUGUAUUCGUCGCCGUAAUCGCAAUAAGCCUUCAUCACCGGUAGUAUCACUUAAUGGCACCAAAACUGGUCGAACUCUGGCCAGUCCUGGGUUUAGUACUAACAGUGCCCGUCGUAAUCGGGGAAACAAUACUCUUGAGAUGAAUGCUUUAUUGCCACAAACCAGACAAACGACAAAUCGGGUCACAGAAUACUCGAUGUCAUCCAUUCGUUUUGUACAAGAGUUGGGUGAGGGAGCCUUUGGUAAAGUUUAUAGAGGAGAACUGGUUAUGACUGCCGGUGCCAUUGUGCCCAUUGCCAUCAAAACACUCAAAGAAAAUGCUACACCAAAAACACAACUCGACUUCAAACGAGAGGCUGAAGUUAUGGCAGACUUACACCACCCGAACAUUGUUUGCCUAUUAGGUGUCAGUCUGAGAGAGGAUCCCAUGUCUAUGUUGUUUGAAUACAUGUCCAAAGGAGACCUUCACGAGUAUCUCAUCUGUCACUCUCCGAGAUCUGACAUAACAAACCGUAAAGAUGACAAUCACCAACUUUUAGAGAUUCAAGAUUUUCUUCAUAUCGCUACACAAAUUGCUGCCGGAAUGGAGUACUUGGCCGGACAUCACUUCGUUCAUCGAGAUUUGGCCGCAAGAAAUUGUUUAGUCGGUGAACACAUGACUGUCAAGAUAUCAGACUUUGGUCUCUCUCGUGAUAUCUAUUCCAGUGAUUAUUAUAGAGUCCAGUCUAAGUCACUUUUGCCUGUCAGAUGGAUGCCUCCCGAGAGCUGUUUAUACGGAAAAUUCACGACUGAGAGUGACGUUUGGUCUUUUGGUGUCGUCCUUUGGGAGAUAUUUAGUUACGGAUUACAACCUUAUUAUGGCUUUACAAACACUGAUGUCAUUGAUAUGAUACGAUCGCGACAACUACUUGCCUGUCCUGAAGACUGUCCGCCGCAUAUCUAUUCAUUAAUGAUUGAAUGCUGGCAUGAGAUCCCUAACAAGAGACCAUCAUUUCAUGAACUACACACCCGAUUGCGAUCGUGGCAGGCCGUCCACAGCAGGACUAUGACUCUACACUCAACUAAUAGCAGUCAUAACAGUGGCCAUAGUGUCCAUUCGGGUCCUCAACAUCUGAAUAAUUACAUAACUAAUCGCACAAAUAAUACAACGCAAGCAAACAAUCACUUCCACUCAUACCAUCCCCUGUCAACACCAGUUCCUAUACCGACACCACCAUUGAGUCAUCAGUCUCAUUCAACUAAUCACUCCCAACACCAGCAGAUCCAUCAUUUCAAUAGUCCCAAUCCAAACCUGAGAAAUGGUUUCCCAAAUAUAGGUCAACCACUUCCUAAUAAUAAUACUCACGUGAAUUCAAUGUUUCACUUUCACGAAACCAACAAUUUUCACAAUUCUUCGAGUUCUUCGAGUCGACCCAACACUCCUAACACCAGAAAAGUAUCGAUUGGUGCAAAUGCUAACCAAUUAUUACAUUCCUAAUUGUUUUCAUAUUUCAAAGAUUAUAUAAAUUAAUAAUUUAAUAAUA